GCAGAAGUGUCUGAAACGGGGCUGCGAAAUGUGCUAGUUUGAACACACCAAUGUGAAGAAAAUGGCUGCCAACUCAAACCACCGCCCAAAAAGCGUUGACAUCAGUUAUGUCUCUGGUUCUUUCUCUCAGCUGUCCAUGGGGCCCCAAUCCUCUGCACAGGGGCCCAUAUGUGUCCACUUUCAGAUCGGGCUCCUCAAAGAGGACGUACGGAUCCCUGAGGGACACCUCAGCUUCCAGCAGGCGAAGCAUCUCGCAGCCGAAAUCAUUGAGAGAAAGGCUCCGGAGUGCAGUGUCGUGGGUCUCGGUGAGAAGCUGCUGUUAUUCAGACAUGAGCCGAACACAGAGCAGAUCUUACAGAGACUAACUGAAAAACACGACAUACGGGUCACACUCACACUCACACUC